UUCCGUUCGGUUUAUCCCUACUGGAUUCUGAAAAUCUCCCUCUCCUCUGCAAAUCUACAAGUAGCAGAGAGAAGGAAGAAGAGAGAGAGGAGGCGAGAAAGAAAUGGAAGCAGAGCCAUUGAUUGUUGUCUCAAGAAAACGUAUUCAAUCGACCAACCACCUCCUCUCGCGCCGCAACCAGUAACCUCGCUCUCCAUGUCUGCCUUCCACGUCUCUCUAAUUUUGCAAAACCACUAAAAUUAAAAUUAUAUUAAAACCCGAAUUGUUCCCUAAUUGAUCCAUUGAUUGUGAUCUCUCGCAUUUUCUUGGUAAUUGAUGAGUUUGGUGAAGUUAUUGAAACCGUCGAUUUGUGGCCCCCCGCGGGACAUUGAAUCUGGACCGUUGGUGGCGGUGGCGCCGUCGUUGUCGGCGGCGAAGCUGGGGGUUUCGAAGAUGAAAAAGGCCGGCGCUGCGAUUGGAUCCAGGCUUUUGCGCCCCAUUAAGGCAAUGGAGGAUCCGACAGUUUCUUUGAGGAAUGAUUACCCCGCCAUUUCUGGUAGAAAUUUGCACCAGAUGUCAACAAUGGAUAACUCGGCAAACAUUGUGUGGCAUAAGUGCUCGGUGGAGAAACUUGAUAGGCAACAAUUGCUUAAGCAGAAAGGCUGUGUCAUAUGGAUUACUGGUCUAAGUGGUUCAGGAAAAAGCACUGUGGCAUGUGCUUUGAGUCAAGGCCUGCACAUGAGAGGAAAGCUCACCUACAUCCUUGAUGGUGACAAUGUUCGUCAUGGUCUAAAUCGUGAUCUUAGUUUCAAAGCAGAAGAUCGUGCAGAAAACAUACGAAGAAUUGCCGAGGUAGCUAAGCUCUUUGCGGAUGCUGGCAUCAUUUGUAUUGCUAGCUUAAUAUCUCCCUACAGAAAGGACCGAGAUGCCUGCCGUGCACUAUUUCCCGAAGGAGAUUUUAUUGAGGUGUACAUGGAUGUGCCACUGCAUGUGUGUGAGAAUAGGGACCCAAAGGGACUCUACAAGCUUGCACGAGCUGGAAAAAUUAAAAGCUUUACAGGGGUUGAUGAUCCAUAUGAGCCACCAUUAAAGUGCGAGAUUCAGAAUAGUUGAACGAUCCAAAUGAAAGUGCGCCGAGGUGUAAAAAUUUGGUCUUGACUGGCACCAUUUCACUAGACAGCACCUCGCUAAACUUCUAUUAAUACUGGACCAGGAAACAAUGAAAUCAAGCUUGUAAUUUUCCCUAUGUCGUUCAUGUCCUGUAUUUCCUUGUUUUCAGUUUACUGUUUUCUUAGUUUUUAUUGGUCCGAUGUUUAUAUCUAAAACUGGAGUCCAAGUUAUUGAUUUGCAGAUAGUAUUGCAGCAGAAGGGUGGGGAUUGUGUCUCCCCAGGCGAGAUGGCUGAAACCGUGAUAUCAUAUUUGGAGGAGAAAGGGUAUCUGCAGGCAUGAUAGAAGAAAGGGGCUGUCGAAUUCAUUGGUUGGUACCGCUGCUGCCUUUUCCUGCAACAUAACAUCCUGCAAAGAACAUUAGUUUUAGCAAUGAUUAAUUUAAGCGAAGACAGAAGUUAUUUUCUCGUUCCCUGCAGCUAGGAAAUUGUUCGUUUCCUGCAUAAUCAAGUUCCUUCCAUCGAGUUAAUUAAUCAAUCGAUUAAUUAACUUAUUUGUUUGAAAGCUGCCUUGCGCAACGUGGCUUUCGAUCAUUCAACUAGUAAUAAAGGAGUGGAACCAGGGAAGGAGUUUCAUGUUUUCAUUGUGUCAUCGUGUAAUGAAAUUGGACGUGUAGAAUGGUUUUCGUGUUUGGAAGAAAUUUUUUUUUUAUGCUGAGGUGUAUACCAGCUGAGAUAUAAACAGAAUUAUCUUUGCAGUUCAA